UAUACAUAUACGUAUGUAUAUUAUUUUAAGGAAGGCCACAUCCUAUACUUUUCAACUCAUAACUCUUUAUUACAGUAGAUAUAAACUUUAAACCCAUUCAACAUAUUUAAGAAAAAAAAAACCCAAUUGAACAGAAAGAAGGAAACCAGAAACAAUCUUCAAAUUUGGACAAGCAUGGGGAGGAGCAGUUGGAGCAGAGGAGUGGGAAAUUUGAGAUCAUUCAUAGGUAAUUCAAUGGGAGGUCUUAGAGGAGGUGCCAAUUUAGCUUCUUGGGUUGUUGCUGGAACUCUCGCUUAUUUCCUUUGGGUGAAACCUUCUCAAGAUCUCAAAAAACAGCAACAGGAAAGGGCAGCUCUUGCAGCUUCGGAUCCUUAUCGCUAUAUAGAGAAACGAAAACCAAUCCCUGAUCCCCAGGAAAAUGGAUUGAUAUACGGCAACAAGAAGAAAACUGAUAGUAAAACAGAGGAAUAAUGUCUGAUAUUACCAUUUUGUAAGUUUGGGUUUUCUCUUAUAAGUUUCCUGAAGUUAUGGGAAUCGGGAUGGAAUGUUGAUCGUGUAGUAUUAAGUAUGAUAAUCUCAUGAUAGCUAAUUCGUUAUCCACCGUACUUGGUGGCACUUUUAACAUCCAUUACCAUUCCUUGCUACAAAUUGGAACAAGUACUGUGAUUAUCAGCAAAAUAAGUCAAUAAGAGUUUCUUAAUACAA